UCAUUAACUCAAACCUGCACACAACCAAUACUCUGACAAGGCUUUCGUCCUUCUGAGAAAGAGGAGCAGCUCAUCUUCUUCCAACCCAUUUUUCUUUGUUAUUUGAAGAUGAUUUAUCAGUGGGUAUUGGGAGGAAUUGUUGCUUCUUUGUUGGGGUUUCUUCUUCUGGACCGUUCAAGAGGGAAGAGGGUGAAGAGCAGAGCAGGAGGACAUUUAAUGGAGAAAAUGAAGGAUGAGUGUGUCAAGAGCUCUGCAAAUGGAGAAUGCUGCUCGGGUUUCGAUGGCGGUACCGAUGUGAUUGUUGUUGGAGCUGGGGUUGCUGGGUCUGCUCUGGCUCACACUCUUGGCAAGGAUGGGCGAAGAGUUCAUGUGAUUGAAAGAGACUUGAGCCAGCCUGACAGAAUUGUGGGUGAACUGCUACAACCAGGAGGCUAUCUAAAAUUGAUUGAGUUGGGUCUUGAGGAUUGUUUAAAUGAGAUUGAUGCUCAGAGGGUCCUUGGAUAUGCUCUUUACAAGGAUGGGAAAAAUGCUAGGCUCUCUUAUCCCUUGGAACAGUUUCACUCGGAUGUGGCUGGGAGAAGCUUUCACAAUGGACGAUUUGUCCAGAGGAUGCGUGAGAAGGCUGCAUCGCUUCCCAAUGUAAAAAUGGAACAAGGAACGGUGACAUCUCUGAUUGAAGAAAAAGGGUCUAUCAAAGGAGUGCAAUACAGGACCAAGGCUGGUGAAGAACUGAAAGCAUAUGCUCCCCUUACAAUUGUAUGCGAUGGUUGUUUUUCAAAUUUACGACGCUCUCUUUGCAACCCUAAGGUGGAUGUGCCCUCUUGUUUUGUUGGUUUAGUCCUCGAGAACUGUCAGCUCCCACAUGCAAAUCAUGGACACGUUAUUCUGGCAGACCCUUCACCCAUCUUGUUUUAUCCGAUUAGUAGCAAUGAGAUUCGCUGUUUGGUUGAUGUACCUGGCCAGAAAGUACCUUCAAUUGCUAAUGGUGAAAUGGCCUGCUAUUUGAAAACAGUAGUGGCUCCUCAGAUCCCCCCUGAGCUGCAUAAUGCCUUCAUAUCCGCAAUUGAUAAGGGGAAUGUGAAAACAAUGCCAAAUCGAAGUAUGCCAGCCUCUCCCUAUCCCACUCCAGGUGCGCUUUUGAUGGGAGAUGCAUUCAACAUGCGGCAUCCUUUAACUGGAGGUGGAAUGACUGUGGCGCUCUCUGAUAUUGUUGUUCUGCGAGAUCUUCUUAAACCUCUGCAAAAUCUAAAUGAUGCAGCUGCUCUUUGCAAAUAUCUUGAAGCCUUUUACACUCUACGUAAGCCAGUGGCAUCCACAAUAAACACAUUGGCCGGAGCCCUAUAUAAGGUGUUUUGCGCAUCACCAGAUCAAGCAAGGAAGGAAAUGCGUGAAGCAUGUUUUGACUAUUUGAGUCUUGGAGGUAUCUUCUCAAAUGGACCAAUUGCUCUACUCUCUGGCCUAAACCCUCGCCCAUUGAGCUUGGUUCUCCACUUUUUUGCUGUGGCUGUCUAUGGAGUUGGCCGCUUAUUGCUUCCAUUUCCUUCGCCCAAGCGCAUGUGGAUUGGGGCCAGAUUGAUUUCGGGUGCAUCAGGCAUCAUUUUCCCCAUUAUAAAAGCUGAAGGAGUCAGACAAAUGUUCUUUCCUGCAACUGUUCCAGCAUAUUACAGAGGUCCACCUAAUUGAGAUAAUGAAAAUAAGAAAUCCACAGUCAACAACUGAAAUUGUAAUAGCCAGGCUGUUGUGUUUGUCUUCCUUUUGUUUUCCAAGAGAAGUUCUUGUUUGUAUCAGUCAUGUUCCUCAUAAGAAAUCAAGGUGGGGUUCCAUGCUAGAAUCAACAGAAUAUGAAGUACCAAUAUAAAUUAUAUUUGUUCUAGGAAAUUGUUCAUGAAACAGGAUUCCCUCCGAAAUAGAAUAACGAUUUUCUUCCUAGAAAA